AUGCCCGUCGCCACCGCCGCAAAGAGCGGAUACGAAGACCGAUCCACACCCCCCCCUGAACUCCCGCCGUUCAAGUAUGCCGAACGCUUCGACAAGCCUGUCUUUAGCGAUUGGAGGGACGACCUCUCCACCAAGGGUUAUGCUGUAGUGAAAGGGGCUAUUCCCGCUGAUAAGGCGUUGUCUUAUCGCGAGCGCAUGUUUCAGUGGAUGGAAAGCUUCCCACUCGGCUUUGAUCGGAAUGACCCAACGACGUGGAAGAACGAGCACCUCCCGGUUCAUAUGAAAGGCGGAAUGUUCCAUGGCUAUGGCUUCCCUCACCUGGACUUUGUCUGGGACAUUCGUUGCGAGCCUGGAGUCAUCGACGCCUUUGCCAAAGUCUGGGGGACUGACGAGCUUAUCACUUCCUUCGACGGCGGUUGCUUGAUGUUGCCCAAUCGAACCGACAUCAAAGAUGAUGGUAAAUGGGAACACAUGGAUCAAUCUCACCACCGAGUAGGAUUCUACUGCUGCCAAGGCAUUGUCAACCUGAACCACAAUGGUCCUGAUGACGGCGGUCUUAUGGUAUUGGAGGGUAGCAACCAGCUUGUGGAAGAGUUCUUUGACAUCCACGGGCGUGAAACCUACAAGACCUGGGGUCCGUUCGACUGGUAUGGUUUCACGGACGAGCAACAAGACUGGUUCUACUCUCGCGGAUGCAAGUGGACAAAAGUCUGUGCUGAUCCCGGGGAUCUCAUCUUGUGGGAUUCGAGAACCAUGCACUACAACGUCAGGCCCAACGGAGAACAAGACCGAGUCGUCACUUAUGUGUGUAUGGCUCCUUCUUCACUACUCUCGGACGAAGAUCGACAAACCCGCAAGGUCGCAUUCGAGAACUACCGAGGUACCACCCACGUCCCCUUUGCCGCCAUCUAUUCCAGGCCGCACGAGCCCAAGAUCCGCGAGGACGGCCAGCCCUGUCCAUACGACACUGGCAUCCCUGCGUCCCUCCCCAAGCUAAACUCGACUCUUCUAAAGCUUGCCGGGGCAGAGCUGUAUUGA